AUCCAGCUCUAAAGCUCUGCCAAUCUUGGGAAAACCUCAAGAAUUAGUUAAACUGACAUGUGGGUUUUUUCUUGUUUAUACUGAUCAGUUCUUAAUAUUUUUGCUUGAUGGAGUGAAAUGUAGCUCAGCUUUACAGAGUACAGUUGAGCCUAGGAGUAAACCUAUGCUUUACAACUUUUUUUUUUAGUUUUCUUCUUUCUAUUUGGGAAUUUUUGAAUACUCUUCUAUGAUCUAGGCUAUAAUUAAGAAUCCAUUUGAGAGAAUUCUUCCCUGUGGCUGCUAACGUGAAAUGGGUCUCACUGGGGAAUUGGUUAGGAGUGUCUUCUCCAAGAGUCGGUCUGUGGGUGCUCAUGAUAGCAAUGUGAGGAAUUAUGGGGUGGACAAGAGAAGAUGGAGCUCUGUGAGAUCCUAUCUUUGUGGGGAUGAAAUCAAUUCAGUCCUUGCCGAGGAGGAUUCAGCUUCUGUUAGGAGUUCUGAGGCUACUGUUACCCAACCUGUUGGAGAAGAUCUGAAAGACGAAGUGGAAAUCCAAUAUGAAGAGAAGGAAGAAUUGAAAGAACAAAAACCCCAGGAAAACCAGAAUUCAGGCACUAGAGUCUUGAACAACGAGGAAGCUGCCACUAUCAUCCAGUCAGCAUUUAGAGGGUUUAUGGCUAGGCGUCGAAGUGGAAUAAUGGAAGAGAUGUAUAACACAGAGAGUCUUCAAGAAAUGGCUAGUCCAAGUAGGGUGUCACUCGGGACAUCAGUUGAAGUUCAAACAGGGAACUCUGUGGAAACUCUUACAGUUAGGGAAGAAAGCGUGACUGCCCAACAUCGAGUGCAGCAGAAAGCCAGAAGCCAGGUGUCCAAGCUGAAGGGAGACUGGGAUGACAGCACAGUGAGUAGCAACAUAUCAAAAAUGAGAAUCCAGCACAGACUUGAGGCAAUGACCAGGCGUGAGAGAGCUCUAGCUUAUGCAUUCUCUCAACAGUUACGAAUUUGUUCAAAGAAAAAGUCAACACAAUCUGGCACAGCAGAACCCAAUAUGGGAUGGAGCUGGCUUGAACGAUGGAUGGCAACCCGGCAUACAGAAAGUCAUUUGGUCGAAGACCACAUGAGCAAGCAUCUCAGCUCCGUCAAUGGAGAUCGAAGAUGCGUGAUUAUUAAGAACAGUUUUGAUGUUGGAGAAGAGGAAAGCUGUGGAUCUAAUGAGGUACCUGUUGGGGUGGAAAAUUUUGCGGUUACAGCACAAAGUAUGGAUGAUAGAUACAGGCCAGUUAAGAACAGGCCAAAGCUUACACGUACUGUUUCAAGACAAAAAACUGUGCCUACAUGCCAGUUCUCAACACAACAGACCAAGGUGACCAAAAGUGAUUUUUCAAGGGAACCCAAAAGAGAGAGAAAACAGAUGCAAAUGCAUCCCAGAGGUAACGGAGAGCCAAAGAAUAAGGAUGCCUCAUCACCAGCAACAUCUGUUCCACUGAUCAGUAGUUCCAAGUGUGCCCCUUCAGAGUAAGCAAAAGAAAAAAGUUGGGGCUUUUAAAUCUGUUAAAGAGGAGAUUAGGUUCUUUACUGUUUCUGUAACUAUGAAGAGACAGCUUCAAGAUAAGCCAUAUUUCUAUCUGUUAGAUAGUUGCUUUACUUGCUUCAUCUCCUUGAACAUACAUUGGAAUUAUGAAAUAAAAGCACCAUGUAGCAUAUA